UAAAACGGACAAAUGUUUUGAAAUCAAAUCGUAACGUCAUGACGUCAGCUGCCUUUGCGUCACCGCGCCCUCCGUCCUCCUCAGGGAACGCGCACAUUCCUAUUGUCCAAGAUGGCGGCCCUGGUGCAGCUCCUGUGAUGCUGAAAUGUUUCCCAUCGUUUCUAACCGUUUUUACUGUAAAUGUGCCAAAAAUCAGCGGCCGCCCUGGAAACGCGUCUCUCCCUGAAGCCGUCCCCAGCCGCCUCGUCUCCUCGAACACUCCAGGAACCCACUCCGAGCGCCGAAUUCCCGCUGCACGGCACCGAAAAGUUUGGGCUCCAUCCUUCGGUGAAAGAUGAAGAGGCAGGCCGGGAGAGAGAGCAGCCCGUCCCGAGCUAUCGCUAAGCGGAUACGGGAAAGGGAGCGGGAGAGCGCCCGCAGAGAGGAGCUGCCCCCGCCGCCUCUGGCUCUGCUGCUGGCGGAGAGCCGGAGCUAUCACCGCCGUAGCCGCAGCAGGGAGCGGGAGAAGCCGCGGCUCAGAGAGGAACGGGCGGCCGCCCUGGAGCUCCACCACCGACAUGAACUCAGCCUGCUCGGCCGCCCGCCGCUGCGCUCCGCCGAGCCGCCCGCCGCCAGGCCCGGGACGCUGGAGUACAAGACGCUGCUCAUCAGCAACCUGGGCUCGCAGGUGUCGGACGAAGACGUGGAGGACGCGCUGUUCCACGAAUUCAAAAAGUUCGGGGACGUGAGCGUGAAGCUGUCCCACACCCCGGAGCUGGGCCGGAUCGCCUACGUGAAUUUUCGCCACCCGGAGGACGCUAAGGAGGCCCGGCACGCCAAGUCGUCCCGCCUGGUACUGGGGGAGCGCCAGCUGAAGAUAGAGCCCAUGUACGUGAGGAGGCGGAGUGUGACCCCGCCGGACGUCGGGUACCUCCCGCUGCAUGCGCCGUACCCCUACCGGCAGCGUUCCCUAUCCCCGCCCGGGCCCGCCGUCAACAGCCUGCGGGAACUGCGGGCCCGGCAGUACGCCCUGGAGAGCCUGGCGCUGACCCGGGACCGGGACCGGCUGCUGGAUUACUAUGGGAUGCUGGAUGAGAGGGGGCGGCCCUUCGGGUUCCCCCCCAUGCCCGUGGUGGAGGACCUGAAGCCGGAGGACGACCAGAGGGCCACCAGCAACCUGUUCAUCGGGAACCUGGACGGGAACGUGACGGAGGCGGAGCUCCGGCGGGGCUUUGAUAAGUAUGGCAUCAUUGAGGAUGUGGUGAUCAAACGCCCGGCCCGCGGUCAGGGCGGGGCUUAUGCCUUCGUGAAGUUCCAGAACCUGGACAUGGCCCACCGGGCCAAGGUGGCUAUGCAAGGCCGGCUGAUCGGUGGGAACCCUAUAAAGAUCGGCUACGGCAAGGCGAAUCCCACCACCCGGCUGUGGGUGGGCGGCCUGGGCCCUGGGAACUCUCUGACCGCUCUGGCCCGGGAGUUUGACCGCUUCGGCAGCAUCAGGAACAUCGACUAUGUGAAAGGGGACAACUUUGCCUACAUUCAGUAUGAAAGCCUGGACGCCGCCCAGGCCGCCUGCACCCAGAUGAGGGGCUUCCCCCUGGGGGGCCCAGAGCACCGACUCCGGGUGGACUUCGCCAAGGUGGAGGAGAGCCCCUCCCGGCCCUUCCCUCCCGGGUACCAGCCUCCCAUCGCGCUCUCCGCCCACUACGACCUCCUGGGGGAGGCGUACAGCCGCCACCGCAGCCUGGAGAGGGAGCUGCGGGGCGGCCGGGAGCGCUCCCCGCCCCCCCAAAGCCUCCUCUCCCUUAGGGAGCGGGGCCUUCUGGAAAGAGACUUUCCUAGCAGCCCCACACGCAGCCUGGAGCGACGGGCCGGAGGGGUGGAGGCCUUCGGGCGGAGCGGGCGGGCGGCGCGGAGCCGCAGCAAGAGCCGGGAGCGGUGGCUGAAGGAGCGGGAGGAGAGGCGGCCCCGCAGGAGGAGCCGCAGCCUGUCCGCCGACAAGCCGCCAGAGGAGAAGGAGCGUGGGAGGUCGCGGGUUCGCGGUCCAGGAGGGGUGGUGUCUCCUGAUGCCAGCCCAGACCGGGCGAGGGUCCGCGCCCCCGACUCCACCACGGAGCCGCGGGACCACUCCCCCGACAGCGGCGCUGGACGGCACUCCGCCACCAACGAAGAAGAGCUUCCUGCCGGCCGCCACCACAGCAAGCGGUCCUCCAGCGACCACCUGAACAACCACCACCACCGCGCCGAGGCGGCCGGCGCCGCCUCGCCCGCCGCAGACGCCCCGGCCUCCCCCAGCACGCUGUCAGAGUUCGCCCAGGGCGCCCUGUCCAGGCUAUGGCGCGGCUUCUUCGCCCUGAAGAACAGCAGCUUCCCCACUGACCUGUUCCUGCUGGAGGGCGGCGCGGCCUACUUCCACACGGUGAUGAAGGACAGCCUGAAGCUGCAGAGCCAGCCCAGCCAGCUGAAGAUCGCCCAGCGGCUGCGCAUGGACCAGGCCCGGCUGGACGAGGUGGCGCGCCGCAUCAAGCUGGGCCGCCCGGACGGCUUCGCCAUCCUGCUGGCCCUGCAGGGGCCCGUGGACCGCCAGGCGCCGGGGCUGGAGCCGGGCCUGCAGGUGCGUCUGCUGCGCCACCUGGUCACCUACCUGCGAAACAAGGAGGCGGCGGGCGUGGUGAGCCUGCCGGCCGCCAAGGAGGGCGCCCCGGGCGCCAUGCUGUACGCCUUCCCGCCCGGGGAGUUCUCGCAGCAGUUCCUGCAGGCGGCCAAGAGGACUGUGGGUAAUCUGGAGGAGGAGCACAUGGUCAUUGUGAUUGUCAACGACACUAACUGACUCCUGGGGCUUCCUCCAUGUUGUUCAGUGUUUGGUUCAGUUUAAAUGAAUUCCAGCCAGUUACACUACAUGUUCCUCAGCGACCCGGCGGGAUGGAGACGGCCCGACGGAACCUUUAGGAACCUUUAGGAACCUUUAGGAACACUUACACAGCUGGUUUUAUCCAGGAAGCUGGAAAACGCCACACUAAAAGCUUCUUACUUUAUCCGGUUUUAUUCAUCCUGGAAACUCACAAGAUGUUUCUGGAAACUUGAAGCUAAUCCUUCCCUGUUUUUAUUUGGUGUUCCUCCUCUUCCUCGCUGUGUUCUGGUGUUCUUAGCAUUCCAGUCCAUUCUCCCAGCAUGCACCAGGAGAGAAACCCUCCCCAUCUAUGUUGAAACUUGCAGUUGAUCCGUUUUGAGUCGUGCUUGUUCGGGAUGGUUUUUGAAACUCCCAGCAGAGCCUCCGUGUUUCCAUCUGUUCUGGUUUUAUUAGCGAACAGCAGAUUUAUGAAGCAGGAAAAAAAAUGUUUUGACCCCAAAAGUUUCAGCAAAUUAAAAACUCACGAAGCAAAUUGGACAUUUUUGUGGGAAUGAGUCAGAAAUAUGAGCAGAUCAGGAUGACUGAUGGUCACUAAUGAUUUGUGUUUUAAAAAGAGGAAUAUUUGAUGUUUUAUUGUUUCAUCUUAAAACUGAACAUGUUCUGAAAUAAAACCAGAGUUUUUACAGCUGAAGCCUCAUUUCUGCAUUUGAAACUGAUUGGAAUGAAUUAAAGCCGAGGUUUUAAACUCA